UUUCAACUAGCUCCACAUCAUUGGUAACAGUUAGAUAUAUUAGCAUUUUCUCAAACACAUUCAUUCAACGUUUUCCGGCGAAAAUUCGCCGGAAACUGAGGUCCACGACGUCGGAGAAAUUGAGCUAACAUGAAACGAAGAGGAGGAAAGAAGAUCUCGAAACUCAGCAAUGGCGAACGAGUUGACUCAGGAGAUCGAAUCAAUAACGUAACAAAAAAUGGUCAAAAAUUAGAUCGAAGAAAAUUGGUGAAAUACGAGGCAUUACCUGAAUAUCUCCAAGAUAAUGAAUUUAUCAGAGAUUAUUAUCGUUGUGAAUGGCCUCUUAAGGAUAUUGCUCUCAGCGUAUUUUCAUGGCACAAUGAAACUCUCAAUAUUUGGACGCAUUUGGGAGGUUUUGUGAUAUUUGUAACGUUAACGGCGAUGAGCUUGACGGAGAAGGCGACGGUGGAAAAUUUAUUUUCCGGCAUUUUCAGACCGACGGGUGACGGACAGUGGAUGACAAUGAAGAAAAAUGGAUCCGCUGAUUCUUUUCCGGAUUCUUAUGCCAAGCAUGUCUCAAAAUCAAUUUUAGACGUAAGUGGAGAUGGCUAUGAAGUUGCCAUAUGGCCAUGGUUUGUUUUCUUAGGAGGAGCAAUGAGCUGCUUAAUCUGCAGCACUCUCUCCCACUUAUUUGCUUGUCACUCACUUAGAUUUAGCCUCUUCUUUUGGCGUCUAGAUUAUGCUGGUAUUUCUAUUAUGAUAGUCUGCUCUUUCUUUUGCCCCAUUUACUAUAUCUUCUGCUCUCAACCAUAUUGGUGUCUCUUUUACCUAUCCACCAUUACUAUAUUUGGCAUACUUGUCAUUAUCACCCUUCUUUCCCCGGCUCUUUUCUCCGGUCGUUUCAGAUCAUUUAGGGCUACUCUCUUUCUUGCUAUGGGUUUCUCAGGUCUGAUUCCAGCUACACAUGCCCUUUUCCUCCAUUUUAAUCAUCCACAAGUACUUGUGGCUCUAGGAUAUGAGAUAGUCAUGGGACUUUUGUAUGCUACUGGAGCAGUAUUUUACAUGACAAGGUUUCCAGAAAGAUGCAAACCUGGUGCAUUUGACCUAGUAGGACACAGCCAUCAAAUCUUCCAUGUAUUCGUCGUUGCAGCAGCUUUAGCACAUUGCAUAGCUUCCCUGCUUAUUAUGGAUUGGCGUCGAGGAUGGCCACCCUACAAUGCAGGUAUGCAAUGAUAGACAUGGCUACAAAAGGGCAUUUGAGCUUCAACAAUGUUCUAACAUGACUAGGAUUUUAGGAAGAAUACCAUUCUUGUUGGUUUUAAUGCCAUAUACUGCAGCAUUUGUAUAUAAUUUAAUUUUUGUACCUUGUAAUGUUGUUUGAACUUUCAAUUAUCCAGUAUGCCAAUGACUCUCUUGAAAUGCUGACAUUCAUGAGAUGAUAUUCAAGUUUACAUAUUUAUUGCUUA